AAUCAACCACAGUCCUGUAUUCACAUUUGUAUUUUGGUGUCCAGAUCCUGCCCGGGUGAUCAACAUGCCCCCGAUCAUCUACGUCCCUCGGAAGCUGCCUGGCAUCAUCCGCUGCCCGGUGGACGCCAACCCACCUGUGACAUCAGUGAAGUGGGAGAAAGAUGGCUAUCCUCUGCGGGUCGAGAAGUACCCCGGUUGGAGCCUGAUGCCAGAUGGAAGCAUCCGGGUGGCGGAGGCCACAGAAGACUCCCUGGGCACCUACACCUGUGUGCCUUACAACGCCCUGGGUACCAUGGGCAUGUCCCCCCCUGCCAAUUUGGUGCUAAAGGAUCCCCCUUACUUUAACGUGAGGCCUGGGGGGGAGUAUCGUCAGGAGGCUGGCAGAGAGCUAGUUAUCCCCUGUGCUGCUUCUGGAGACCCUGAUAUACCAUCCAUCACCUGGAGAAAGGUGGGGAAGCCGAGCAGGAGUAAGCACAACAUCCUCCCCAGCGGCAGCUUACAGUUUGUGUCCCUCGGCAAGGAAGACCACGGAGAAUGGGAGUGUGUCGCCACCAAUGUGGUCACUAGCAUCACUGCCAGCACGCGUAUCCUUGUUAUCGGAACCAGCCCACACGCUCCAGGAAAUAUCUAUGUCUUACCCUCAACCACCUCUGCCAACGUGUCCUGGGAACCAGGCUACGACGGCGGCUUCGAGCAGACUUUCUCCGUGUGGUACGGUCCAGUGUCAAAGAGAACAGACUUCGGUCCUCAUGACUGGCACUCCAUGCCGGUCUCUGGUGCUCAGACCUGGUUGCUGGUGCCGGGGCUGGAGCCUGGGACUGAGUACCAAUUCAGUGUGUUGGCGCAGAACAAACUGGGCACCGGUCCGUUCAGUGAAGUUGUGACAGUCAACACUGCAGGUUCUCCUCUCGGUACCCCAGAACCACUGGUGCUUCUUACUCCACCACGGUGCCUCACAGCCAAUCGCACGCAGCACGGUGUCCUACUCACAUGGCUCCCGCCGGCCAACCACUCGUCACCCGUCGACCGCUACAUCAUGGAGUUUCGUCUCGGGGAGAGGUGGGAGGUUCUGGACGACCUGAUCUCGUCCACGGAGACCGAGCUCAUCGCCAAAGACCUCGUUCAGGACUCCUGGUAUGAGUUUCGAGUCAUGGCCGUCAUGGACGACCUGAUCAGUGAGAGCAGCAACGUGGUGGGCGUGUCCAGCACUGAUCCCUUCCCUCCUGCUGAGUUACCUGAAGAAGGCCUGGCUCGGCCCGUGGUGGCCGGCGUCGUGGCGACCAUCUGCUUCCUGGCAGCGGCAGUUUUGUUCAGCACUCUGGCGGCGUGCUUCGUCAAUAAACAACACCGGCGCAAACUCAAACGUAAACCAGAUCCUCCCUUGUCGGUGACACACUUCAGGAAAAGCAUCGAGUCUCCGUUAUCAUCUGGGAAGAUAAGUCCAGAGAGCUCCCCUCCAUCUCGUCCUCGCUCUCUUUCUUCGGAGGGUUCCCAUGGACCAGGCCUUUAUGUCAGGAAGCUGCCCAGCCCUCAGAGUGAAAAAGACAAAGAGCUCUCCUUCUACAAGAAAACCAAGCGUGCCAUAGCCAGCAAGAAAUACAGCGUUUCUAAGCACGAAGCAGAGGUCACCACACCUAUCGAGCUGAUAAGCCGUGGCCCUGACGGCCGCUUUGUGGUUGAUACCAGCCCGCCACCGCGCCGCAUCCAGGGCUUCCCCUUCGCAGAGGAGUCUGACAUGUACCCCGAGUUCCGGCAGUCUGACGAGGAGAACGAUUUUGACCCAGGGCCGCUGCCACCCAUCAUGCCCACGCUGCGGCCCCAGCUCUCUCCAACAUCCUCCAGCCUGGAGUCAACACAGCCCCCCACCUACAGCCCCCGCCUUCACAGGGCCAUGGAAGGUAUGAGCUUUGCAGACAGCAGUGCUCUUCACGCCUCGGGGCAGGCCCCGGCCUCCCGCUACAGGGGCUUCCCCCAGGGCCCGUUCUAUGGGUAUCUAGGCAGCCGUGCUGAAUCAGGGAUUCCACCACCAUUCUAUAUGCCUGACAUCAGCCCACGUAGCUCCGCUCUGUCCUCCCCCCCAGGCACCGCCGAGGGCCCCUUCGGUUACCCGUCAAUCCCAGAAGAGAGCGGGGAGCUGGAGCACCAUCAGUACACUGCCUCUGGCCACUCUCUGUCUCACACUCACAGCCCUCCGUCGCACUCGCCAGACAGCUGGCAGCCUCACGAGCUGCCCUUCCUGGGUCUGGAGGGUCCACGCUUCAUAUACCCACCUCAUCAUCCUUUACAUCACCCCCAGGAUCUCCCUGACCCUCCCCCUUACCCUCCUCACUCUCUUCCUCCUAGUCGCCUGCACCUCCCUUCCCUGAAGGAUCCAACAAGCCCUGGACUCCUGCAGCUGGAGGUUCCUGUGGCUCCCCCCGGCAGAGACAGGCCCCCAGGGCCUCCGGUUAGGCGUUUAGCUAUGCAACAGGCCCAAAGUCUCGGCCAGCUCAGACACACGUCCCACGGUGUGGGUGUACCAGUGUUGCCUUACCCCGACCCGGCAGCCCGUGCAGGGAGCCCAAGCACAGCCCCCAGUAGUAGUCCUCAGUCCUGGCUCAGCCCGAGGGCGGGGCGCCGGGCAGACCCCAGCCUCCCGCCGCUCGUCCUCCAGCCCUCUCGCCUCUCUCCGCUCUCCCAGAGCCCGCUUAGCACCCAGCCAGGUUCUCCAGACAUUCUGGUGCGGCCUCCUCCGCGCCCCAGCAUCCUCCGCACCUCUCGGUCUCUGGAGAUGCCUGAGAUCGGCCGGCAGCCCUCGGCCACUGUCAGUUUCUCGCGCAGGUCAUCCCUGAGCGCCUCCCCCACUCAGAGCCAGGGCGGCAUGCAGCCCAGCCCCAGUUAUCGUGCCCACUUGUCAUACGCCUCCACCGCAGCCAGUUACCCCUCCCAGUCCCCCUCACCCCCUUCAGAGGGCAGGGAUGUUUUCGGGCAGAGGCCAUCCCAGAGAAGGACAGAGGAGGAGAUGCUGCCCUCAGAGCCCCCACAGCUCCAGAUCUCAGCCUCAGGGGAGCCUCUAGGUGCGUCUGCUGAAGCCGUCGGGUCUGAGAGUUUACCAGCACUGCUACACCACUGUAUCACUAAAGCCAAGGGAGAGGCGGCCAACAACAAUAACAACACGGACCCUGCACGGAGAACAGGUGUGUCUCCCUCUCAGACCCGGCAGCGAACUCAGACUCCCCAAGACGGUGGCGGCGGCGGCAACGACCUCGAUUACCACCGAAAGAGGAAACGACAGAACAAGAAAAACCCUUAUUUCUAUUUGACCUCCUUCCUGCACCGCAGGAAGUCAGCCGAGGACCAGACAGGCAUUCUGGCCAGUGCAGACACCGAGGGCCCGAACUACGGCACCCUACGCUGACGCCGUGUGCCCUUCACCAAGCCAUUGGACUCGAGUGAUUCACACACAUUUACACACACACACACACACACACACACACACCUCAGUACUCCCUGCUCCAUCCCAGCCUCUGUACACAUUUCUUCAAAGAUUCAUUAGGGAGCAGGAAAUGUGAAGCUGAAUCCUCGUUUUGGCGGGAAAAAUCUCACAAGAGGACGAGGACACUCGGCUCUGAGCGGAACUCACUUGAAGAAAAAGGAGAAAAAAUAAAUAAAACGUUGUACAUAAAUAGCGAAACAAGGGAAUUUUAGCUUCCUCCUCCUACAGUAAUAACAACACGUGCUGGUCGAGCGCAGCGACUUCUCACUCACUGGGUCCAUAUCUUUAGGUUUUUUGCAGUCAAAACCGUGGACUGUUAAAGCCUGGUGCAUCUUUGGACAGGGACGUCUUCACACUUUUUUCCUACAAUACAAAACUAGUGUCAGUAUUUCAAAAAAACAAGAAAAAAAACACAGGGUUUUUACCACAAAAUAUACCUCAGAGUAAGACGCAGAGUUGCUGUAAUUCUUGUGGUAUACUUGUACGUACUUGACCUUUUUAACGUAUGGAUUAAAAAGGUUUAUAUCACAUACACACGCACGCGCGCGCACCGCCGCUCAUUCUAACUGAUAAUACGGCUUAGCUUGAUCCAAUUAGGAGGCUUUUUUUUAUUAGUAUUAUUUUCACGAUCCAGUGCCAACCGUUUAAGGACACGAAAAAUCGCAGCCUGCGCGAGGAUGCUUUUAAAAUAACUAAAUAAUCUUAAUCUUACAGGUUUGGACGAAGAAGAACAGGGUGAUGAAUUUGCGGAGUGCACCGAGUGUCGUAUGUGUUUCCAUCGUUAUGGAAUCAUUUGUGAAACGUGGCACGUAACACCCCCCCCCCUCCCCCCGUGCCUUUAUUUCUUUGACUUGCAUAUUAUUUUAUUAUUUCUUACUUUGUUUGCCAAGGACACGUGAGAGAAAAUGCAAAAACCCUCUGGUUUUAUUUCUUACACUUCUCUUACCUUACAUGGGUACCUGCUCCAGUUUUAGAGUGGAAAAGUUUUUCAUGCAGAAAGAACAAACCAGAGCAGCGAGUUUUGGUGUUAAUGUUUAACCACGACUCUGUUUGAGGAGAAUGUUAUUGCUUCAUAAAGCUGU